CUCUGGUUUUCCCACAUUCUCCUCCUCUUUCUUCUUCUUCUGUUGAAUGAAAUUGAAAAUGUUUAGAUCCUUGUUCUGUAGAUUGGGAGCAAAUCUCAGAAGAACAACAGCAACAACCAUCAAUGGAGGAUCAUUCUCAUCAUCAUCGUCAACAGAAACUAGGUAUUUCCUCUUCACAUUGCAGAAUCCAGAUGUUCUGGUUAUAAAUAGGGCUAGUUCCAUGUUCUGUUCCUGCUCUGCUACUAGUAAUAGUUUCAGUUCAUCUUCUGAUUCUUCAUUUGUGGUUAGUUUUCUAAUAAAUUCAUGUGGAUUAUCUGAAUCUGAAUCUCUUACUGUAUCUAAGAAAAUCAAAUUCAAUCCCAAAUACCAACCUGAUUUAGUUGUAAAAUUAUUUCAAAAGUAUGGUUUCCCUAAACCCCAGAUUUCAAAACUCAUCACUAGGCGUCCAGUAUGUUUGUUAUCAAAUCCUCUUAAAACCCUAAAACCCAAAUUGGAUUUUUUCAAAUCGAGAGGGUUACAUGGAAUUGAACUCAUUGUAACUGACCCAAUUGUUCUGACAUGGAGUUUAAAAGACACUAUUAUCCCUACCUUUGAUAUCCUUAAGAGCAUUCUUCGUACUGACAGAAACAUUAUUGAAUUCCUUAAGAGGACAGUUUCUCAGAUGUUUAGUAGAAACCUAGCUAAGACAUUGGUGGUCAACCUAGAGCGUUUAAGAUAUGAAGGUGUUCCUCAAUCUUAUAUUUCUAAGUAUCUACUCGAACGACCUAUAUAUAUUGGAGAUGCUGAUAAAUUUGAAGAGGCUGUUGAGAAGGUUAAAGAGAUGGGUUUCGACCCUUUGAAAACUACAUUUCUUGUAGCUAUCGAGGGAUUAACAGUGAGUGAAGCCUCUUGGUACACUAAAGUGGAUGCUUACAAGAGAUGGGGUUGGUCUGAUAAUCAAAUUCAAAAGGCAUUUAGGCAAAGUCCUCGUUGUAUGAUGUAUUCCGUGAAGAAGAUUACAUCAGUUAUGGAUUUCCUUGUGAAUGAAAUGGGUUAUGACUCAUCGAGUAUUGAGGAAGCCCCGAUGAUUUUAAAUAAUAGCUUGAAGGAGGGGAUUAUCCCUAGGUGCUCUGUUGUUAGAAUUUUAGUCUCCAAUGGUCUGAUUAAAGAAAAACUUUCUCCUCGGGUAAUUUCAAGAAUGACAGAUAAAUCCUUUUCAGACAAGUUUGUGAAACCAUAUGAACACGAAGCUCCUGAACUAAUGAUGGUAUUCCAAGGUCAGUUGAAGAGAUGAAUACAACUUACUGGAUCUUUUAAGAAACUCACAGAGUCACAGGAUCAUGACAUAGGGCCAGCGAUUUCGCAUUUCUUCAAUGUUUUUUUGGAAAUGGUCGUCCCGGGGUCUUGAAAAAUCCCAAAAGAAGGUAAAGAAGUUAAACUUGUUUAUUUAUUAAGAGCUUGAAACAUAAUUGUUGACACAAUUGGCGGUGUGUAGGUGAAUUUAUUGGUAUUAAGAGCUUACAUAAUUUAUCUGCAAUUGUGAAAUGUGCAAUUGCUAGGAUGUCAUGCUUAACUUCUUGGAUGUUGUUGCUGCAUUCUUAGAAACACAAAAAAAUUUCGUUGAUAAAAAAAAGCUGUAAUUUUUUUUUAUUCUAGUUUGGAUACAAGCAUUGCUUUUGUUUUGGUGGAAUACCCGGCAUUUUGUGCCUUUUGCAGUAUUACUAAGAUUUUUGUUUGAGGAGAGAAAAAAUAGAUCCGAGGAGAGAAAAAUCACCCUGACUCGUCAACUCAAAGGUUUUUGAUACUGAGUCAAGUUUUAUGUUUAUUUCGGACUAAAG